UCAGUAUUAGUUCUGGUAUACCAGUUUGUGCGUUUUACACUCCACCGGAGAGCAUCGCAGUUCAAAUCUAUUUCUCAAUAUCAGGUUUAUCUGACUCAAUCUUUAUCGAUCCGACAUGUCGAUCCAUGGGAACCCAACGAUUAGCUACACAUUCCAUGAUCCGUACAAAAAUCGCUACUACAUAACCUACGUUACUGGGGAUGAUGCAACGAGAUUACAAACAGAUACGCAAUUUGCCACAGACGUCUUCUACCGCAUCAAAAGUAUUCAGGACGUCCUCCAAGACGCCGGAGUAACCAGUGCAAGGCCAUGUGCUCGUCCAUCGAGUAAUGGACAAAUACACGGUCUCCCGAAUCAGCGGAUCGUCCAUCUUCCCUCCGCUGGAUUAUCCCCGCGAUGGUUUACUUAUUACCCUACUCCAGUACAACGUUUCGUAUAUCCUCGCAAGAAGAAACAUUAUAUCCCCUUUCCAACCUUCUGAUACACAAUACCAAAAGUGCCCAAGAAUGUGAUAUUUCACAAUGUAUUUAACCUAAAUACCUUUCCACCGCAAAUAGACAGUGAAAUGGUACAAUUAUCCGGUGAAACUUAUUAAAUUUAAUGAAUCAUUAUAGUUUUACGCCGGAAUAAAUCAUCAAAUAAUCGUC